CGAGAGUGUGUGCGAGAGCCACCGACCGGGUCGGUGCCGAAUGCGUACGCGGGUGCCCGAAACCCAACCAGUUUUCAGUCACUCGCCAUCCAACCACUCGAGCGGUUCGUCGCUUGCCGCAGCGUGCAGUUCUUUCCCCAGUUCGAAGAGUCGGUUGCCACACCGAUCAUCGCGCCUUCAUCAACAUCACAAGAUCGGUUGGUUGCGAGACCACUUGCAAAAUUGUCCAUUCGUGUCUGUGUCGGUGUGCUUUUUUUGUCAUCCCUCAAACUGUGUGUUGUCAUUUUUGCGUGCAUUUCUACCGCCCCACAAACAACCCUACCAUCUUGACCUGGAGAGAUUCAUACCGACCCGCGAUCGCGUAGCGUGUGUGCGUGCGUGAUCAAGUGCUCGGUUUCGGCGUUCAUUUGUAUUUAUUUGGGCAGCCGCUGCGUGAAUUUUGGAAAAUGGUGUGCGCAAUUGUGUCGAAUUGGUGUUAGAGUGUUUGGCGAUCGUACAUUUUCUUAUCGACAACGCACACACAACAACGUUCUCCAGCUCAGGGGUGUCAACGCGGCACGGCAAAAAGGAAGAUCGUGAUACGCCGCAGCGAGAUGAUGAAACGAGCGCUAAUUGGAUUGCGUGCGAGACGGAGGCCUCGACCGUUGGCGGCCGGGCCGGGACAGUUGCUGCUGCUGCUGUUCCUGCUGGCAUUUGAUGCCGUCUCAUUCACAAAUGCGUUCAUCGUGCCGGAGGAGCUGCCAUCGAUACUUUCCCUGGUCUAUUCCAACAUUCCACCGAUCAAGAAAGGAACUGACUCUCGGAUAGGCUUUGGCUUCCGUCUCGGUGAGCAUGCCGACUUUCAGGUGCAGCUGGAACUGGGACCGCAGCUUAAUACGCGACCAAUUGGAGCAGCAGCAGGCAGCAGCAAACGUUACGUGGACAAUGACGAGUAUGCCAACUCAGUUAGGAACCCAACCCGUCCCGGUGGUUCCACCUCCUGGCUGCAGGCCUGGUCCAAGCAGACGAAACAGCGCCAGCAGUUCAACAAGGACAAGCUGCGGGACUCGCUGAUGCCACCGGCACCGAUCAUGAACGAGGGCGCCUACAACCAGCUGCAGCAGCUGUACGAGAUGAACAAGCAGCGCGAGUACGAGGACACGAUCGGUACACUUCCGGCGGAAGUGCUCGAGUCACGGAUCAGUCAGCUAAAGGCACUACACCAACCGACCGUUGCGUCGUUCAAACCGAUGCCCAACGAAGCCCGAUCAGGACAUACGAGCAGUGGAGCCGGGGAAGCGUCAAAGGAGGAAACCAACCAGCCCGACGAGCAACCGGGAGUGAUAGUUGUUACACCGGACGUUCCUGCCAGCACAAGCGCCACCGUCCAGCCAACGGAAUCAGCCACCCCGGUAACGACAAGCGAACGGGCACGCGGAACGGUCGAUAGUGGUCGAAGGAAUGUAAGACGACGUACCAAUCGACCGGUCAGCAAGUGGGACAAGGAACGCAUUACGGCCCAGCUGUCGGACGUGUCGUUGGACUAAUUGGAGCCCAGUGGCUCACAGUGGAUCGUGUAUUAUAUUUGUUAAAAAAAGCCUUCGAAAACAGAGGUUCAGUUGUGGACAACACACGGUGGUUUGUAAAUAGUUUUCUCGCGGUUUUAGGAUGUGAUAUUGAUACUAUUUAUUUACCUUCCUUUACGGAUGCGGCUCGAAGGUGCGUCUGUGUAUUGUUAAAAUUUUGUAAACGUUAACGGUGUUCGAAUUGGCUGGAUUGUUGAGGCAGUUGCGGCGUACCAGAGUGGGAUGUACUUAUUUUAGGUUGCAAAGAAGAACAAAAUACGGAAACGUUGCAAGAAAGUGUUAGCUAGGAAUGGAAAACACAACGAGGGGAAGGGUUUAUUUAUUAGAUGUGCAAGGCAUAGAGCGAAACUACAACAAGGCAAAUAAUAGCAAUAAAGCAAAGACGGGACUAAAAAGUAAUGAAAA